AUGUCCUCCGUGAAGCUCGGAGAAGACUAUGUGCGUGUACCGAAGCUUGAGGUCGGCGGCGCGAACUGGGUCCUGUAUAAGGAACGGUUGGCAUGGGCCGCCGAUGUGAAGGGCGUCUUGGGCCAUCUCGACGGCACGUCGAAGGAGCCC